AUGGCCAACUCAGAGGCUGGUUGUUCACAUUACGGUAGAAAUUGUUCUUUGGUGGCCCCAUGCUGUGAUAAAGUGUAUGUAUGUAGGGUAUGCCAUGAUGAAGCCGAAGAGCAUAGUUUGGUGCGAUCUGAUGUCUCUGAGGUGGUUUGUGAACAAUGCCAAACAAGGCAACCUGUCAACAGCCACUGUAUAAAUUGCAAAAUAGAAUUUGCCAAAUAUUUCUGCAGCAAAUGUCGCCUCUAUGAUAAUGUUGACAAGCAGCAGUUUCAUUGUGAUGCGUGCGGAUUGUGUCGAAUUGGUGGCCGAGAAAAUUUCUUCCAUUGUGAAAAAUGUGAUGUGUGCCUUUCAAUAACCAUGAAAGAUUCUCACGAGUGUUUGGAAAAGAUUUCGCACAAACAAUGUCCUGUUUGUCUCCUCAAUUUGCACACUUCACGUCAACCAUCGCAGAUUCCAAAAUGCCGGCACAUGAUACAUGUUGAAUGUUUUGAAAAUCUCCUUCAUGCAGGGCAUUAUGCUUGUCCUGUUUGUGGUAAGUCGAUGGUAAACAUGAACAACAUUUGGAAGAUGAGAGAUGAGGAGGUUAUGCAGACAGAAAUGCCAGACGAAUACAAAAACGUUACUACAAAGAUCCUGUGUCGAGAUUGUCACAAGGAGAAUGUGGUGCCUCUGCAUUUUCUAGGAAUGAAAUGUCCCGAUUGUGGCUCGUAUAACACAUGUCGGGUCAUAUCACUUGGCUGGAUCAUGUUUGCUAUUACUGACUGCCUCCAAAUUGCUAGCAAAUUUCUGUUCACAAUUGCUGCUCAGAACCUGGCACUUUUUUUUUUUUUUUUUCUUCUGUAUACCACUCUCUCAAUUGCACUUGCUCGUUUCACUCUUUAUAGAUGGUCUUUCAUAUGCGACCAGCUCCUAAAGUCUAUGCUUCCUACGCUACCUUAA